UCCUUCAAUCAUCUGAUGAAUCAAAAUACAUCAAAAACUUCAAAUAAAAUUUAGAAACGCAACGUCAUUAAUUUUUCUAAUAAAUGUGUUUAAAAAAAUUGUCGAUGAUGUAAUUUUGGUGUGACUACUUAAUUAAUAAUACGUUAAGCCUCAUAAAUUACAUAGUUGCUGAUCAAAUCUUCAUUUAGGACUGCUCAGGGGAUUAGUUCUCGCAUGUUCAGUGUUUUUUCUAAAUUAUUUUUAACUUAAUUAAGUAUCCUUACUUAAUUGGGGACAUUUUUAAAUUUAUGGUUAUCUAACUGACAAUGUAGCAUCAGAUUACGCAUGUAUCUAUGAGUUGGACUUUGUUUUAUUGAAUUUUCUCCCCAUAACUCAAGUUACACACGCAUUGAUAGAAAUGGGUAAUCAAUUGGUGGCAUUUGCCCCCUCAUUAAUUCGUCCUGUAGAAUUUUACCUCACUGAUGUUCCUGAACUCUACUUUGAAUCAAACUUGGGAUCGACUAGGUUCCUGAAAGUUUGUCGAGCAAAACAAGGUCCCCUACUUGUGGUGGUGAAAGUGUUUGUGAUACACGAGCACACACUUCCAAUCCAAGUUUAUUGUGAGAGAUUGCAAAAUCUUAGGAAAUGCUUGGGUUCCACGCCUUCGCCAAAUUGCCUUCCUUACACUAAAACAAUCUCGACAGAGAAAUCGGUGGUCGUAAUCCGCCCAUAUGUGAAAUUUUCUCUAUAUGAUCGAAUGUCCACUCGGCCCUUUCUCAGAAAGUCAGAAAAAUUAUGGAUUGCAUUUCAAUUACUUUGUGGGCUUGUACAACUCCACAAACACAGUUUGUGUCACGGCGACUUGAAACUGGAAAAUAUCCUAAUUACUCCAGGGCUACGACUUUUGUUGUGCGAUUUUGCGCCUUUUAAGCCAGUAUAUCUUCCAAGGAAUAACCCUUCCGCGAUUUUUGGAUUCUUUUUCGAUACUGCGGGAAGACGAUGCUGCUAUGUGGCACCUGAGAGAUUUCAAGAUGACAAAACUCAACUCGAUAACCUUUUGACCCAAGAAGAUGAGCUGAGACACUUUCUCCUUCCCUCCAUGGAUAUAUUUUCUGCAGGGUGCUGCUUGAUAGAAUUAUUUACAGAAGGAAGAGUUCCAUUUGAUCUCUCACAACUUCUCUCAUUUUGCGCAAAUGAUUAUGAUCCAACAACAGUUAUAGAGUUAAUUGAAGAUCCAAGUGCAAAGGAGCUGUUAUCUGACAUGGUACAAAGGGACCCUAGUAAACGACUAACCGCUGCAGAGUACUUGACUCGCUUUCGUGGUCGACUAUUUCCAGAAGUAUUUUACUCGACAUUGCAGUCAUACUUUGAUAUCCUGGCCUUUCAGCCCCUCAUUACCCCAGAUUCUCGAAUGGCAAGGUUGCGCCAUGACGUUCGGACGUUACCGGAUGAUGUAUCCCUCAACUUAAUUUUUACUUCUUUAGUAAGCGCAGAAGUUCGAGGAUUAAAAUCAGUCACUGCAAAGUUGUUUGCAUUGGAUUCCUUUCGACGACUUGCACAUAACUUAAAUGACGAUGAUGUCCUUGAACGAGUCAUUCCAUACAUUGUUUACCUUUUGCAAGACCCAGUAUCACCAAGAGUACGGGCCGAAGCUUUAACAACUCUUGUCCACUGCUUGGAUUUGGUAACCCAAAUUCCUCCUUCGGACUACAACAUAUUUUCUGCCUAUAUAUUCCCUGCGCUGGAAAGGCUAGAUCGAGACGUGGCUGUUCGAAUUGCUCUUGCUAAAACAUUAUCCCGCAUUGCACAGAUUUCGAUGAGAUAUUUGGAGGCUUCAUUUCUCCAAGGACAUGGGCCUCAACAGCCCCAAUUUAUUGCAGAACUCCAAUCUCAACGCGAUACUGUAGCCACCUUUCUGUCAACCCUUCUUACUGAUACGGACCCUGUGGUGAAACGAGUUUUAGUCUCUACGAGUGGAUCAUUAGAGGGGUUAUGUUCUUAUUUUGGAAGGGUGAAAUCUCACGAUAUUCUACUCUCGCAUUUAAUAACGUUUCUAAAUGACAAGGACGACUGGCACCUAAGGGCUGCAUUUUUUCGCUGUGUUCCUGGUGUUGCCUCGUUUAUUGGUUGGCACGCUGCACCGCUUUUGAUUCCAUUAUUGAAGCAAGGACUGUCGGAUGUAGAAGAAUUUGUUAUGCGACAAGCUUUAAUUACAAUCAAAAGCUUGACGGAGAUCAAUUAUUUCGGUCACCGCUUCUUACUCGACUUACUGGAAGAAGUCUUGCCAUUUGUGAUACAUCCAAAUUUGUGGUUACGAAAUGCCAGUGUUGGAGUAAUCACGUCGAUUAAAGUAAACCUGUCUGAAGUGGAUUUACAUUGUCACGUGAUUCCACGUUUAAAAGUUUAUUUGAAUCCAACUUUCUCCUCUAUCUGGGGAUUGAACGAGGUGGCAAUAUCAAGCAAAAUUAGAAAACCUCUAGAGCGUCAAGUAUACGAAAGUUGUAGUAAAGCAAAGGGCGUUCUUCUUGAAGUCACGAUCGAGUACUUGAGAAAUAGACAAGGAAAGGGAGAACCUGAUUCUAACGAAGUUUCCAAUUUCCUAGCAAGAUUGAAGGCAGAGGGAUUAAAUACUCCAGUUGACCCUGUCUACAUCACAUUCUUACAGAAACAUGUGAUGAAAGUUAAUACGCAACGAUGCCUGCGAACUACUGAUGUCUCUGCAUUUUCUACCAACAAUGGGAAAAACAACGGAUUUAGUCAGCAACAGCUUCAAAGUCAUUUACUUAUCAUGUCGACUCCUCCUUUGAAAGAACUUAUGUAUCCUGGAUCAUUUUCAACCGUUACUGGUCCUGAUAUGAGCUCAGCAUCAUUAAUGUCGGGGCCAUCGAUACCUGCAAAUAUUAGUCCUAAUAUAAAGAGCCCUGGUCCACAAUAUUAUGCCAACUUCACAGAAAAACCGAGAGGAAUCCUUGUCGCACAUCUACAUGAACACUCGAGUUGUAUAACUAAAAUAUGUCCGCUGACAUUUACAAAAGGACUAUUUGCAACAGCUUGCCGCAAUGAUGUCAGAAUUUGGGAUGCGGAAAAGAUGGAGGGAAAGAACGUUGCAAACAGGUCUCGCUGUCAUAUUCGACUGCCUGGAGAGAGAGAAAAAAACAUUUCGAAUAUAACAUACGCCGCUGGUGCAAAUGUGAUUGGAGUCGCCGAUGACAAAACACUUUAUGGAUUUGGGUUGGAAAAUAUGGUUGCAAAAAGCAUAUUUACUUUGCCAAUAAAUAAUCAAGCAGUGGAUAUUGGAAUACCAAUGGCACUUGAAUCCCAUUCUCCUUAUCUUAUGGUGGUUGGAACCGAACUGGGUACUGUUUUAGGAUUUGAUAUUCGCAUUGCAACAAAGGAUGUGUUCAGACUACAAUCGGAUCUCAAAUGGGGACUAUUAAGCAGUCUGUGCGUUGACGAAGAACAAAACUGGAUGUGUACUGGCACAUCUAAAGGAAUUUUGACAUGUUGGGACUUACGAUUUGGUGUUCCUGUCAAUACCGUGAAAACUGACACACCAGUUCGGAAAUUGAAGCCAUCUCCUCUACACCCCGGUAGCGUAUUUUCAUGUCCGAGAUAUCAAAAUGAAGCAUCCUUGUGGAAUUUAGAAACAGGAAGUAGGCAAGUGUCCUUAUGGGCCAGCAACCUUCCUUUAUUAUCAAAGCAACCAGAAUCAAGCAUUCCAUCACGACCUUCAAUGUCCAUGUUUGGCAUGACGUUUGUCAAGUCUCACAACGCCGUGAUUACUGCAGGGAGCGAUAUGUGUAUUAGAUGGUGGGACGUGAUCACCAACCCUGAAAACUCUUACGUCUUAGUUAGCCCUGAUAAGCCAGAGCAGCCCGUAACUGGUUCCUUUGUAAAACACGGCGAAUUUAGAUUUAGAAUUGUUGACGGGGUUGAAGUUAUACAAGAUGUUACUGUGAGCCAAAAUCAAAACCAACUUGGCAAAAAGUUUGACAUGGACUCGGGUGGAGGUGGGAGCGGUUCACCAACUUCGAAUACAUCUUCUGGUCAUUCGUACCAUCAUUCAAACGCACAUCAUAAUGUUAUAACUGAUAUUGCCACAGUUGCAACUCCUAACCAAAGCUUUAUCAUUUCUUCUUCUGCGGAUGGUGUCAUUAAAAUAUGGAAGUAAUUUAUAUUGCCUGUGUAAAUUAUAUAACGUUCGACCAUAAUUAGUUAUAAUUUGUAACAGCAUUUAUAUGGACAGAAAUAAACAUGAAUUUGACUUACAGA